AUGCUUACUGACGAAAGAGAAGAGACUUUACGCGAGGUGUCUGCCCUCGGAAACCCAAAGGCUGUUCACCACUUUAUUCAUGCUGGAGUCAACAUCAAUUCUCAAAACAAGAUAAAUGGAUGGACGGCACUGCAUUGGGCUGCCCAUAGAGGUCAUGAGAAUGUUGUACGCUUGCUCCUGAGUAAUGGAGCCAAUCCUAAUAUCGAAACCUCUAAAGGACAAAAAGCGUAUGUCUUGGCUCAAAAGUACCCCGACAUUGCUGCAUUGUUGAAACCAGAUGCUGUUGUGGAAUGUACAGAAACUUCUGCUGCUGCUGCAGAACCCGAGUUGCCUAUUUUACCAGCAUAUAUGCAAAAUCCAGAUUUGCAAAAGACAUGGCUUCAUCCCGAUGAGUUUUCAGAGAACAGAAUUGAGAAUGUAGUACGAAAGCAGGCAGCAGAAGAUGCUUUGACCAACCCAACACCAGCACCAACAUCAGAAACUUCCUCAUCUGUGAAACCUAUUAAUGAGCCAUCCAGUUGUGAAGAGAGAGAGAUUUUGGUUUAUCUUGAGAAGCGCUUGGACGAAACACUUUUGGGAUCAGUAUUUGUAAAGAACGAGACAAUUGAUAACGUGGUUAAUGAUAUUAAAGAGGAACUCGAUGGUCUUCCCGAGAAAUUCUCUUUGUCUCGUAAUAAUGGAAAGGUGAACAUCCCGAUUAGCUCAAAGCAAAUGAACAAGAACUUGUUGGAUAUCUUUAGAAGCGAAGAAGACGUCAUUGUCCUUAUUCCUGUAUCAAAAUAAUUUUAUGUAAACGAUAUUCACUUACUUAAGAGAAGAAGAAGAAGAACAAGCUUGUUUUUUUUUGUUAUGCUCUUUAAACUUCCUCAAAAGUGCACUCAUACACAUAGCAC